CUGAAUGAACAAGGUAGAAAUUCAGGGGUAGAACCAGACAAAUUUUGGGUCUGGCGGGGUUUUGGUGGGGACCGGAUCAAAGUUGCAUUAGUUUGAGGCAUGAUCGGCGCGCAGCGAACAGGCAGUGGAGGCCGAGAUCGCUGUUUUGACUCAACAUUGCACCCAAACCAAGGAACUUCGUAUCCAUCGAUCAAUAGUGCAUCUCAUCUGGCAAGGCAUGGAAUCUUCACCCCACUCCAGGCCGGCAUCUCCCGGCACAACAAAAGGAGCAUGGCAGCCUUAAUUUUCUCCGUCGAACUGUUAGUCGAUUGAUCCCCCUGUUCAAGACCAGUCUCUCCCAAUAUGGGCAACACAACCAGUAUAGCAGGGCGUGAUUGCCUGAUAUCUGCCCUGGGAGGCAAUUCAGCCCUUGCGGUUUUCCCAAACCAGCUUCUUUGGACCGCCGAUGUCCACGAAUACAACCUCAACCUCCCGGUUACUCCAGCCGCCAUCACGUACCCGGAGACAGCAGAACAAAUCGCCGGCAUAGUCAAGUGCGCCUCAGACUAUGAGUACAAAGUGCAGGCACGCAGUGGAGGCCAUAGUUUUGGGAACUAUGGCCUCGGCGGAACCGACGGCGCGGUAGUAGUCGACAUGAAACACUUCACCCAAUUCUCCAUGGACGACCAGACAUACGAAGCAGUCAUCGGACCGGGCACGACCCUUAACGACGUCGACAUCGAACUCUACAACAACGGGAAACGAGCCAUGGCGCACGGCGUUUGCCCAACCAUCAAAACAGGCGGACACUUCACCAUUGGCGGACUUGGUCCCACCGCGCGCCAAUGGGGUCUUGCCCUGGACCACGUCGAAGAAGUCGAAGUGGUGCUGGCCAACUCGAGCAUCGUUCGGGCAUCUAAUACCCAGAAUCAGGACGUAUUCUUCGCUGUCAAAGGCGCCGCAGCCGACUUUGGCAUCGUGACCGAGUUCAAAGUCCGCACUGAGCCGGCCCCGGGUCUCGCGGUCCAGUACUCGUAUACCUUCAACCUGGGCAGCACUGCCGAAAAGGCCCAAUUCGUCAAGGACUGGCAGUCUUUCAUCUCGGCGAAGAACCUAACCCGCCAGUUCUAUAACAACAUGGUAAUUUUCGACGGGGACAUCAUCCUCGAGGGACUAUUCUUCGGCUCCAAGGAGCAGUACGAUGCCCUAGGAUUAGAAGACCACUUCGCACCUAAGAACCCAGGCAAUAUCCUAGUUCUGACCGACUGGCUCGGCAUGGUCGGGCACGCGCUGGAAGAUACCAUCCUCAAGCUCGUCGGCAACACCCCGACCUGGUUCUAUGCCAAGUCUCUGGGCUUCAGACAAGAUACACUGAUUCCAUCUGCCGGAAUCGACGAAUUCUUCGAAUACAUCGACAACCACACCGCCGGCACGCCAGCCUGGUUCGUCACUCUCAGUCUAGAAGGCGGAGCGAUCAACGACGUCGCUGAAGACGCAACCGCGUACGCGCACAGAGACGUGCUCUUCUGGGUCCAGCUCUUCAUGGUCAAUCCCUUAGGCCCGAUAUCGGAAACAACGUACGAGUUCACCGAUGGGUUGUAUGAUGUGCUUGCGCGCGCGGUGCCAGAGAGCGUAGGACACGCGUAUCUGGGCUGUCCGGACCCGAGGAUGGAGAAUGCGCCGCAAAAGUAUUGGCGAACGAAUCUGCCCCGGUUGCAGGAGUUGAAGGAGGAGCUGGAUCCGAAGAAUACGUUUCAUCAUCCGCAGGGUGUAAUUCCUGCUUAAUACUCCUGGACAUAGAUGUAUAUACCCAAAAUAAUAAUUGAAUAAUGUGCCAUGCACAGUAUAUCUCUGACUAUAUAAGACUGCACAUCCCCCCUUUCCCCAUCAUACCCCAUUACUAUGACCCCCAUGAUCCCCAUGAAACCCAUUUGGAUGAAAAUCCGGAUGUCCCGGAAUC